AUGUAUUUCUCCAACGUUGUCGUCACUGUCCUCGCCGCUCAGGCCUUCUCUCAAGAUAGCCGAGUUUCUCGCUCCAGCUUUGGACAUGUUGCUGCUUUAAUGGCUGCUGCAGCUCUCCCUGCAGACGCUCUCGCUCUCCCCAUCUUCAGCGCCGAGAAACGCGAGCCCCAUCACCAGGGCGGACAGAACAACAACAACCAGGCCCAGGGCCAAAACAACAACCAGGCUCAGGGUCAAAACGCCAACAACAAUGCUAACGCUGGCGCCAAUGCCAACGCCAAUGGAUGCAAUGCCAACAACAAGAGAGAUGAGGAGCUUGUAGCUCGUCACCACCAAGGCAACCAGGGAGGCAAUGCCCAGGGUAACGCUAACGGUAACGCCAAUGGUAUUGGAGCUGCUGCUGCUGCCAACGGCUGCAACAACAACAACAAUAAUGCCGCUGCCAACAACGGUAACGCCAACGGUAACAACAACAACAAGCGUGACGAGGAACUUGUAGCCCGUCACCACCAGGGAGCAAAGGGCAAGGGCAGGAACGGCAAGAACAACAAGCGUGAGGAGCUCGUCGCUCGCCACCAUCAGGGAGCUAAAGGUGGCAACAAGGCCAACGCCGCCGGCGCCAACCGCAAUGGCAACAACCGUAACCAAGCCGCAGCCGCAGCAACUGGCAACAACGCCCAGGCCAACAAGUGCAAGCGAGAUCUCGAGGCUCGUCACCACCAAGGUGGCCAGAACAAGCAAAACGCUCAGGCUGCUGGUUGCAACUAA